AUGUCUAAUCAUGUAGUAGUUGUUUGGGAGUGGGAAAAUAGACAGGGGAGAUGGAGGCCAUAUACUCCUGAAGUGUCUCAGCAUUUGGAAAGAGCUCAUGCGAAAAAAUUAACAAGGGUAUUCUUAAGUGACGCUGAUCCGACACUUGAUAAAUAUUUCAUCAAUUUAACAACAAAAAAACAGUAUUUGGAUGAAGCUGGUGUACCUUAUAAUGUGAGAAGAAACUUUUAUCAACCGAGUUCUCCUGCUGGUAAAGGAUCUAAAUGGGAAUGGGAAGGUGAUUCGCUUGGAGAAUGGCAUACAUAUGACAUGGAUGUUCAAUGUUUGAUCGAAGCAGCUUGGGCAAAAGGAGAGCAAACAAUUGAUAUAUCCAAAACUUAUUUGGGUUUUCCAUAUGUGAUAAAUUUUUUAAAUUUGACACAAGUAAAAGCUAGUACAGGCUAUGUUAGAAAUGUAAGAAGAGUUCAACAAGCUCCCUACCCACUUGUAAAAUUAUCUCAAGAAGAAAUGACUGCAUUUUUAGUUAAUACUCAAAUCACUCAAAAUUCAUAUAAACAACAAUUAGAGAGAAAUACUGAAAAUAUUUCAAAACCGAAAAAGAAUAAUAUAGCGAGAACUAUUUUAAAUAUAUUUGGAAGUCAUUAUCCUAAUAGUUCUAAGGAAAGUCAAAGUUCUGUAAGGACAAGAGAAUUUUGGGAUACAGAUUCGAGUAGUACGAAAAGUGGGAGAAGACCAAGCGUUGACACAGUUUCUACUUAUCUUAGCCACGAUACAGCUUCCAGAGGAACUGUAGCCGAUUCGUUGGAUUCUAGUGAAGAUGAUAUUUUCGAGGGCAAAUCGUAUUUGGCAAAAUUUAGCAAAGAUUGCAAUAAAAAAAAAUUUUUACAGUCUUCCAAACAUCAAAAAAUAAUGAUUAAAAAAGAAAUACCCAAUAUGGUUAAUAAAUUUAAAAAUAUUCAACAGAAUUGCCAUAAAUUAAGCAGUGCGAAAAAGAGUAGAUCCGAAGAAAAUUUUUUAAGCGAAAGCACUCUGAAAAAUGAUGGCGUUUACGUUGGAAGUUACAAUGAAGAUGUUAUACCAUAUUUUUCAAAACUGCGAGCGUCGAAAAGAAACGUUAAAACUGACCAGAGCUUUAAUGGCAGAGAUUGGCUUCAAACGAGGGAUUAUUGCUCAACAGAUGGUGCAAUUAUUGGAGUGGAUUCUGCGAGUCAAAUGGUUUCUCAAUUUGUCACAGUGGUGAAAAGCAGUAGAUGGGGAGAAACAACAUGUCCAAUAUGUUUAACGGAUUUGAUUGAUCCAAAUGAUAUUAUUGUAGCUUUGGUUAGCUGUGAGCACAGCCUUCACCUUUCCUGCUUGAACAAAAUGUUGACAGCUCAAAAAUCUCAAAAUAUGUAUAUUCAAUGCCCCGUAUGUCAGAGGAUUUAUGGGGAAAAACGUGGUAAUCAACCUCCUUGCACCAUGGACUGUUGUAUUCUUCAUUGGUCACUCCCGGGUCAUCCGAAUGCUAGAACAAUACAAAUAACUUAUAAUACUACUUCGGGAAUUCAAGGACCCGAACAUCCUAAUCCCGGAAAACCUUAUUACGCCGUUGGAUUUCCAAGGGUUUGCUACCUCCCGGAUACGGAUAAAGGACGACUCGUGUUAGAUCUUUUAAAAGUAGCAUUCGAACGAAGAUUAAUUUUUACCGUGGGAAGUUCAGCGACGACGGGGAAAGAAGAUGUCGUUACUUGGAAUGAAAUACAUCACAAAACAGAGCCUGGUAUUUCGCGGACCGGAUACGGAUAUCCUGAUCCGAAUUAUCUUGAUAAUUGUUUGGCGGAAUUAGCUCGGCAAGGUGUCACUCCCGAUCAUUCAGCUUAUCAACAUUUACCUUAA